UUUAUAAAAAUGAAAAUUUUCCUGACAAUUUUUCUACUAACAUUAUUAGUUGCUGUAUCCUAUGGAACUGAAAUGGGAGUAGAAAAUUCAAAGGGAAUUCAAGAAACUGAAGAAAUAAAGGGCGUAAAUGGAAAAAUACCACAUGGCCGACAUAAGCGUUGGUGGGGAGGCUGGUAUGGAGGUGGGUGCUGUGGUGGUGGAUGGGGAUGGUGAUCACGCUAGUUUCCUUCAUCUUUUAGAACAAUUUAGAAGGCAAAUGACCAUAUUAAUGAAUAAAGGAAUAAAAAAUGAUUU